CCUCUCAGACUUUACCCUCUAGAAAAUUGAACAGUGUUUCCGGCUCUUCUCAGUUGUAGACGCUCGUAAGUUUUCGGCAAUUUCCGGGGAGACUCGGGCACUCCGCGUCUCGCUCGCUCGGUUCCGAUCACCCGGUGCGGUGGUGCAGGGUCCCGGGCUAGUCAUGGCGUCCCCGUCUCGGAGACUGCAGACUAAACCAGUCAUUACUUGCUUCAAGAGCGUCCUCCUGAUCUACACUUUCAUCUUCUGGAUCACUGGUGUUGUCCUCCUUGCCGUUGGCAUUUGGGGCAAGGUGAGCCUGGAGAAUUAUUUUUCCCUCUUAAAUGAGAAGGCCACCAAUGUCCCUUUUUUGCUCAUUGGCACUGGCACUGUUAUUAUUCUUUUGGGCACCUUUGGUUGUUUUGCUACCUGCCAAGCUUCUGCAUGGAUGCUAAAACUGUAUGCAAUGUAUCUGUCUGUCAUAUUUUUGGUCCAAGUGGUCUCUGCCAUGUUAGGAUUUGUUUUCAGACAUGAGGUUAAGAAAAGCCUUAAGAAUAAUUAUGAGACCGCUUUGAAGCAAUAUAACUCCACGGAAGGAGAUUAUAGAAGCCAUGCAGUAGACAAGAUCCAAAAUACGUUGCAUUGUUGUGGUAUCACCGAUUAUAGAGAUUGGACAGACACUGAUUAUUACUCAGAAAAUGGAUUUCCCAAGAGUUGCUGUAAACUUGAAGAUUGUUCUCCAGAGAGAGAUGCAGAGAAAGUAAACAAUGAAGGUUGUAUUAAAAAGGUGAUGACCAUUGUAGAGUCAAAAAUAGGAAUUGUCGCCGGAAUUGCCUUUGGAAUUGCUUGUUGUCAGCUGUUUGGAAUCUAUCAAGCCUACUGCCUCUCUCGCGCCAUAACAAAUAACCAGUAUGAGAUAGUGUAACCAGUGUAUCUGCGGGUUUACUCCUCUCCAAUUUUAAGGACACUUAGGUUCCCCCCUGUGAACUACAAGAUCGCCUGGAUGUAAGACUGACAACACUACUUACCAAUAGACUGAAAAACUACACCAAUAGCCUGAUUCAAUCGAGAUACUUGU